AUUCCCCACAAUCCCGCAGUCAGGUUUUGGUCUACCUUUUCUGUCCGCUGCUCAUCUGGUCUCACACUCCUCUCCUUGUGUGAGAGAGGAGAGAGAGAGAGAGAGAGAAGAGGGGGAGGGAAAAGUGUUGCAAUGAAAAACGAAUAGCAGCCGCGACCGAUUGCCCCGAACCCAAUUCAGACGGAGAAAGAAAAACGUCCAAGAAUUCACAUCCCUUUUUAAUUCACAAUUAUUAUCUAUUCCAACACCUUCCCCCAUAUUUAUGCAAUAUACUUGGAGAUUCUUGAGAAAACAUCGGGCCCUCCUUCUCCAUCUUGUUUAGGUGAAAUCUGAUUUUACCCAUCGAUUCAUAUUUUGAUUGGUUUUUGUUUUUAAGCUGUAUGCACUGAGCUGUUUGUUCGGCUGCACUUCGUUUCUUUGUUGAUUGAAUCUGGGAUAUUAUAAAGAGUAGUUUUAAUGGAUUUAAUGAUGUGAAAGCUAUUGUAAAUGCUCAAUCCUGACACUCCUGUACAAAAAAAAGGAGUCUUUUGGGUUUUGUGUUAGGGCUUUGAUGUCUGAGAAUCACUAGAUCGCUUGUUUAGAUUCGAUCUAUACUAGGUUUUAGGGGUGUUCUUUUGCCAUAACUUAGUGGGCUUGUGUUUGAUUCCCAACAUUAUAUGAGAUCGAUUGUGUGUGUGUGUGUGUGUGUGUGUGUGUUAAUUUCUGGUUAAGUGCAGAUUUGAGUUAGUGUUUAUGGUUUCCAUUUAUUGGGUACUAUGUAGGCAGUAAUGGGGAAAAAGGUGAAGAAGAAAGUAAGAAGCGGUCCGAAAGAGAAACGGGGUCCCUCGAUGUCUCCAGUGACAGUUCCCCAAGAUGUCACAAGCAAUGCUGAAACUCCUGCCAAUGGAGUUGUGGUUACCAAAGAUAGGGGAGUGUGUUCCCAUGUUGAUAAAGGUAUCAACUUAGACAAACUUUCUGCCAAACUGAGGUCUUCAGGAUCAGCCAAGUGUGAAGAUUGUCGGGGGAAUGUGGCCGAUAGACGAGCAAAGAAAGGGCAAGGUAAACACGGGAAAAAAGGAGGGGCGAAAUCUGAGACGAGAGCAAUUUGGGUUUGUCUGGAAUGCGGACAUUAUGCCUGUGGAGGCGUUGGAUUACCCACCACGCCUCAGAGCCAUGCUGUCAGGCAUUCGAAACAGAACCACCAUCCGUUGGUAGUGCAUUAUGAGAAUCAUCAGUUGCUUUGGUGUUUCCCGUGCGAUAAACUUGUUCUUUGUGAAAAUUCGGAAGACCAUAAACAUAAAGAGGCCUUAAACGAGGUUGUGAAAAUGCUGAAAGGGCAACCGGGUGAAGGAUCGAGUCUAGAUGUUGAGGAUGUCUGGUUUGGAAGCGCUAGUGUUACAAGCACGGUAAAAUUAGAUUAUUCUGUAAGCACCAAUGGGAAAGCUGUCUAUUCGAUUAGGGGCUUGUCUAAUUUGGGAAAUACAUGUUUCUUCAACUCGGUCUUGCAGAAUCUAUUUGCUAUAAAAACCUUGCGUGAUUAUUUCUUCAAAUUAGACGAAUCUGUUGGUCCUCUAAGUGCUGCUAUGAGAAAGCUUUUCCUUGAAACCAGCAACGAAGGUGGGUCAAAAGGGGUAAUCAAUCCUAGAUCCUUAUUUGGUAGUCUCUGUACCAAAUCUCCGCAGUUCAGGGGAUUUCAGCAGCACGAUAGUCACGAGUUGCUUAGAUGUUUGCUCGAUGGCAUGUCAACUGAAGAAUUGAGUUUUAGAAAGCACACCAAAUCUUGUGAGGUUUCAGUUAAGGAUCCGACGUUUGUGGAUGUUGUCUUUGGUGGACAACUUUCUAGUACAGUUAGUUGUCUAGAAUGUGGUCACACAUCAACUAUUUAUGAACCGUUUUUGGAUCUCUCAUUGCCAGUUCCUACCAAGAAGCCUCCUCCUAAAAGGAACCAACCUCCUCUUCGAGGCAAGAAACCAAAACUGCCUCCAAAGAGAACUGCACGGAAUCUCUCCAAAGUUAGCAAAGAAGCGAAUAGUUUACCAAGAAAAAGUGUUUUCGACCAAUCAACCAGUGGCAACUCUUCAGAUGAAGUGCAUUCUAAUGUAGCUCUUGAUAUGGGCUUAUCAGCUGAGCAUCUUUCAGCUUUCCAAAAUCCCGAAAACCAGCCUGUGGAUCAAGCAGUUGGAGAGCAGACAAUAUCUUCUGAUGUCUUGACAUGGUUGGACUUCCUUGACCCAAGUUCGGCAUCAGAAGAGGUUGAUGCUGCCUCAGAAAUUGAUGAUACUUCAGCAAUCAAUGAUCUGCAAAAGAAGAUGUUCAACAAGCAGGAUGCGUCGUCAUCUGUCACAUCAGAUUUUAGGAUCGAGAGUAAUUUAGAAAAUCAACCUCCAGAAAUCCCCUUAGACAACACCAAAAACUAUGUGGUCGCCCAAGAACAGAAUGCUGCUCUCCAGUUUGAGGAUGAGCAAAGUAUUAAACCCAAUUCUGAUGGAAGAAUAUUGCCGAAAGGUUCUCUUACUGAGGACUGCGUUGAGUGUGAUGGCGGGAAAGAUCAGAGGUCUCCUUCAUGCAGUCAAAUUUGUGUGGAAGAUUCAAGUACUUCACGGAGGGAUGAUGAUGACUCAUCACAGAAUCUGGAUCCCAAAGUUAUGUCACCUCAGAAUCAAGAAGCUGCUACAUCUAGCAUUGAGGUGACCAGAACAGACACUGGGGUUUCAUCAGCCAUAGUUGGCAACGAACAAGAAUCUUUAGAUUUUGAUGGAUUUGGAGAUUUGUUCAAUGAACCUGAGGAGUCCUCGGGAGCUAAGCCCUCGGACAAUCCUGGUUCUGUGGCUAAAAAUGGAGUAAAUGGAAAUACCAGUGAGUCUGAUGCAGAUGAGGUUGAUAAUGCUGAUGCUCCAGUGACUGUUGAGAGUUGUUUGUCUUUCUUCACGAAGCCAGAAUUUCUUUCCAAGGAUGAGCACGCUUGGCAAUGUGAUAAUUGUUCAAGGAUCUUGCGAGAACAAAGAGCAAAAUUGAGGAAACUUAAAGAGCCUAUAUCUGAUGCUGUUGCAAACGGUUGUGAGGAUAGACAUCCGAGCGGUCUACUAGGUGAUGAAAAAACUUGUGACAUGGAGAAAAGUAUGAACGGUAACGCAGAAGUUGAUCCUUCUGAUGGCGGGUCACUGCCCCAUAAUGAGGAGAUUUUCGAGAACGGUAAAGGCAAGGUUGGAAACCACGUGGGAAGUGAGAUAAACGGGACCGAGAUCCAGUCAGAGAAUGUGGAACUUCAGGCCACAAACACAUGUCCUGGUUUUUCAGAGUGUUCAAAUUUAAGAAAUCGAAGUCUUGAUCCAGAUCAUGGAGAAUGUGAUUCUGAAAAAGACGGGUCUGCAGAAAGUGAUUUGCAAUCUGUGAAGCAUGAAUCAGCAGUCAGGGAGCAUGAGGAUUUAGACUCGGAGAAAUUGAAAGUGAAGAGGGAUGCAACUAAGAGUAUACUUAUCAGCAAGGCUCCAACUAUUCUAACAAUCCACCUUAAGAGGUUUAGUCAAGAUGCCAGAGGGCGCUUGAGUAAAUUAAACGGCCACGUGAGUUUCAGAGAGACAAUUCAUCUCAAGCCGUACAUGGAUCCCAGGUGCAGCAAGGACAGCUGCACGCCCCCAUACCGUCUAGUUGGGGUCGUGGAGCAUCUAGGGACGAUGAGGGGUGGCCACUAUGUUGCGUAUGUGAGAAGCAGCAAUGACUAUGGAGAUGAUGGCACCUGGUAUCAUGCAAGUGAUGCCUACGUGCGCCAGGCUUCUCUCGACGAAGUUCUGCGCUGCGAAGCUUAUAUUUUGUUCUAUGAAAGAACUUGAGAGGAUGAUACUACAUUUUUGUCCAUUUAUUUGUUUUUCUUCUCACAUUGAGAUACAGAGAGAGGAGAGAGAAAGAGGGGGAGAGAGAGUUAGAGAGUAUAACCAACAUUGCUGAUAGUCAGCACACAAAAUUUUGGAUGUGCAUUGGUCUAAAAAAUGUGAGUUUUCAUUCACAGAUGAUCAGGUGUUGCAACCUUGUAAACGUAAUGAUUUUUUCUUUCUUUUCAAAGGGUUCUUAACUAUAUUCCAAUAUUUGCUUCA